AUUGGUGACCUGAAGGCAGCUAGACAGCUUGCUUCUGAAAUCACCUCCACAGGAGCAACUCUGUAUGACCUGCUUGGCAAAGAAGUUGAACUAAGGGAAGCAAGAACAGAAUCUAUUGCCAGACCUUUGGAGAUAAAUGAGGCUGAGAAGGUGGUGAAAGCUGCCAUUGCCUCUGUUCUGGAACAAGUCCAAAAGACUAAAGACAUGUUGAAUAAUGUGGCUUUGGAUGAAGCCAGUUUGGAAGCCAAGAUUGAAAAACGAAAAUUGGAACUGGAAAGAAGCCAGAAGAGGCUCCAGACCCUACAGAGUGUUCGUCCUGCUUUUAUGGAUGAGUAUGAGAAGAUUGAGGAGCAACUGCAGAAACAAUACAGCAGUUAUCUGGAAAAAUUCCGUAACCUGACCUACCUGGAGCAGCUCCUGAACGAGCAUCGACGGACAGAGCAAGAGAUGUUUGAGGAGGCAGCAAACAUGCUCCGGCUCAUGCAGAACAGGCUGAAGGAGGAGGAGCAGCACCUGCUUUACAAUGGAAGUAAUGACGAGUCCGACGUAGAGAUCCGAGAGGAUGAAGAACCUGGUAGUGAAGUGGAAGAGAGACAGGUCAUGAAGCAACACACCGCCACAGAAACACUGCUCCAAGGGAGAGCUGGUGCCCGGGUCAUGGGAACAAUGCAAGGUGGAGACACAGAGGAAGAUGAGGAUAGUGAGAUCGACCUGGAUGAAGAUGAUGAGGAGGAGGAUGAUAUAGAGGAUGACAGCAUGGAAAUCUCCCCAAGCAAAUCCAGUCACCGAGCAAGGAAGCCAGAGCCACUAGAGGAAAGUGAUAAUGACUUCUGA